AACAAUGAGAGUGGUGUUGAUUUGUUUAAAAUGUGAAGUGGGGAUGUAUUAUUGUGUGUGUAGAUAAAGUGGAAACAGUGAGAAAAUGUAUAGAGAUAAGUGACUUCGGAAACUUCGUUUUCAGCACUAUGUUGGUGUUCUUUGACAACUGUGUUAGUGUACUGUGUUGACAAUUGUAUUAGUAAAUUAAAAUGGGUGAAAAUAUUCUGCAGCAUUUCCACCCUGACAUUCAGCCAUUAAUCAAAGUCGUACUCAGUGAAAAAGUUGGUAUUGGCUCAGGCAAUAUCAAAAUUAGUGGCAUAUCAUCUGGAAGACCAACAGACAGUGCUGAAGGUAAUGCUGACCGCUUCAAGCUUGUUAUACCUUAUGCAGGGCAAAAAAUUACAUGGAAUGUGGUAUUCAAUAGCCAGAAACCUCAUUUCGCACCAGAUUUUUGUUUUGAUGAAGACUCCUUCUUGGCUGACCCUGACAUUGAGUUUCUGGAAGAAUCAUUACCAAGUCUCGCAGCUUGGAAUGUGCGUGAUCCCAGAGCAUUACUUAAUGUCAUCUCAGAACUCCUAGAAAUUUACAGGAAACAUCAGGUUGAACUCUUGGAGCAUGCAGACAGAUCUCGACUGCACUUUGAGUAUUCAUCUUUGAUUUGCCAGGCAGAAGUUGCUGAGGGAGAUGUAGAGGUGCUGGUUGGAAGUGGUAGACAGCGAGCUUCAAGUUUCCUGAUACGCCUCCAGGUGGAUUUCUCAGCAAUUCCACAGCCCCUUGGGAAUACUGGUGAGCCCACUGCUACUUUGACCGUGACAUUCCAUUCUCCUACUGAAGGAGGUCGCAUCACUCCGCAGCUGCUGCUGUCAUUACAGGCUGAGGCAGCACUUGAGGGUGUCGGAGGUAGUGGAAUGUCAUUACCCCCAUUUCCACCUGGUGGUAGUUGCUUAAUGGACUAUGUUCCUGUGGUAACGGCACGCUUACAGGACCGAAUUGAUGCUGCCGCUGCUGCCCAUGACAGAAGGAGAGAACUUAUUACUGCUCUUUUUCAUCAUUUUGGUAAUGGUGUCUUGGAAUAUGAUGGCAUUGGCUUUACCAGAGCUUCCUUUUUACUUGAAUGGAGAGAUUUUUAUUUCAUUUUGCACUUCACGUUGCCUCCUGGAUUUCCCCGUGAAAAACCUGUUGUUAUGUUCCAGUCAGUAUAUCACGCAACAGAUGGGAAGCCUUAUCGAUAUAGAUUUGAAGACUUCCCCUACAAUCCCCGCACUGAGGUAAAAAAAAUGGCUGAAAAACUUAUUGCCACCGUUAUAGAAUAUGUGGAAGUCUUUCAGAAAAAUUCAAUUCAGAGCUCUCUAAAUUUGUGAUUUAUUUAUCUGGAAUUGAGCUUUUUGUAGUAUGCUGUUUUAGCUGUUGUGUAAUUUAGAACAAAAUAAGAUAUAUUUGUAACUGUCUAUGAAGUCGAAUAUUUUUUUACAUGUAUUCAGAAUAUAUGCUGAUCAGAACAUUUGUCAACAUGCAGGGUGUUCAGAAGUGAUGGUUAAUGUUCAGGGAUGUGACAGGAACAAUCAUUCGAAACAAAAAAAGUCAAGUAAACUUGGGCUUUAAAAUGCAUGUCUUAAGAGCUACGAGCAAUUCUUGGUUUUUGAUACUGUGAAACUGACCUCUCCUACUGCAAGCUCUUUCCUUUCCAUGUUUUGGGGCAUGGUGGUAUGGACCCAAACAAGAAGAAGAAAAAAAAGUGUAGUAAACAUGUACUCUAAAAUGCAUACCUUAAAAGUUACGAACACUUGUUCAUUAGAAGAGUUGUGUUUCAAAGUAGCGAAGAUGAACAAGUGAUCAUAGCUCUAAAGGUAUGCACUUUUGAGAACAUGUUUAUUGGACUUUUUGUCUUGUAUUUGCCCGUACUACCAUUUCCCAAAAAAUGGAAAGUAAAGAGCUUGCAAUAGAAGAGAUAUGUUUCACAGUAUAAAAGAUCAAGAAUUGCUCAUAGCUCUUAAGGCAUGCAUUUCAGAUCCCAUAUUUACUUGUUUCAAAUUAUUAUUAUUAUUAUUAUUAUUAUUAUUAUUAUUAUUCAUAUCCCUAAAUGUUGACCACUUCUGAAACACUCUGUACACAUUAUAUUUUCACUUACUAGAUCAUUGAGGCAGUGAUAUCUUUUUUAUUUUCAUUAGUAUCAAGAUAAUUCUCAUUUGUUGGAACUGUUCAUGUGCAUACAAAUUAUAAUUGUCAAAAAUACAGAAUUUUGAUUAAAAAUUUAUCACAAUGUU